UAAAACAAAACAAGCGUGUCAAAAAAUAGAUAUACAACACUACUAUAACUCUAUAGCCUUAGCCCAUAUAUAUAAUCAAUCAUCCCAACGUCCACAAAUUCUCUUAUCCAAAAGAAAACGUACCAAAAACACUAAUUAUAUCAAAUACAUGGUUAUGACUCGAUUAUCUUCUAGUUUUUCCACCGGUGGUGGUGGUGGUGGAAAGAUGAAAAAUAUUGGUAGCUUCACCUUACACGCCUUCACCGGGCGGUGGUUCAUGGUAUUUGCAUGUCUAUUAAUUAUGUCUGUCGCCGGGGCAACGUAUAUGUUUGCGUUAUACUCCGGCGACAUAAAGUCUGCCCUUGGAUAUGACCAAAGUACCCUUAACCUUCUUAGUACUUUCAAAGAUUUAGGAGGCAAUGUUGGGGUCAUUUCCGGCUUAAUAAACGAAAUUUCACCACCUUGGGUCGUGCUUUUCUUAGGCGCGAUUAUGAACUUUUCGGGUUAUUUCAUGAUUUGGAUGGCUGUUACUAAAAGAAUAGCUAAACCGCCUAUUUGGCAAAUGUGUUUGUUUAUUUGUAUAGGUGCAAAUUCACAAACUUUUGCUAACACGGGUGCUUUAGUUACUUGUGUUAAAAACUUCCCUGAAAGCCGAGGGGUAGUUUUGGGACUUUUGAAAGGUUUUGUAGGAUUAAGUGGUGCAAUUAUCACUCAAUUGUAUCCUGGUUUUUAUGGACAUGAUACAAGAUCAUUGAUCUUGUUUAUUGGUUGGCUUCCAGCUGCUGUUUCAAUUGUUUUCCUUCGAAUUGUUAGGUAUUUAAAGGUGAUUAGACAAGAAAAUGAGCUCAAGACAUUUUAUAACCUUUUGUAUAUUUCAUUAGGAUUAGCCGGGUUUCUUAUGGUUAUUAUCAUAAUCCAAAACAAGCUUCAGUUUCUAGAGGUUGAGUACGCUUUGACCGCGUCUGUAGUCGUGAUUUUGCUCUUUGCCCCCCUUGGUAUUGUGUUUAGAGAAGAAUUUAAGAUUUGGAAAAGCAAACAAGAUGUGCUUAAUAAUCAUCUUCAUACGGUCCAUAUAUCCACGGUCAUACCAACAAAUGUUGUAGUAACAACACCAACACCACCACCCGAAAAGGAAGUUUCUUGUUGGAAAACCGUGUUUUCUCACCCCGAAAGAGGGGAUGAUUACACUAUAUUACAAGCGAUUUUUAGUUUCGACAUGUUGAUACUAUUCAUCACCACGACAUUCGGGGUUGGGGGUACAUUGACAGCCAUUGACAACCUUGGUCAAAUCGGGCGUUCACUUGGUUACCCGAAAACUAGUAUCUCAACUUUUGUGUCACUAGUUAGUAUCUGGAAUUAUUUGGGUCGGGUCACGUCGGGUUUUGUUUCGGAAAUUUUAUUGGUCAAGUACAAAUUUCCACGCCCAUUGAUGUUAACAAUGGUCCUAUUUAUCUCAUGUGUGGGCCAUCUAUUUAUUGCCUUUGGGGUACCCAAUGGACUAUAUGUCUCUUCGGUCAUAAUGGGUUUUUGUUUUGGAGCUCAAUGGCCUCUAAUUUUUGCAAUAAUAUCGGAAAUCUUCGGAUUGAAGUAUUAUUCAACUUUGUACAAUCUAGGAGGUGGGGCAAGCCCACUGGGGGCAUACAUCCUUAAUGUCGUUGUCGCGGGACGACUUUACGACAAAGAGGCCUUAAGACAAUUGCGGGCAAAAGGACUCGAAAGGAAAGAAGGGGAGGAUUUAAGUUGUACGGGUAUAGAUUGUUACAAAAUGUCAUUUCUUAUUAUAACUUUUGCAACACUUUUCGCGUGUUUUAUCUCCUUUAUUUUAGUGGUUCGAACAAGAAAGUUUUACCGUAGCGAUAUUUACAAGAAGUUUAGGGACGCGGCGGAAGCUGAAACCGCCCGUACCGAGAUGGUGGUCGCGCCUACGACCACCAAAGAAGCACUACAUGAAAGAAAAGCAGGGGAGGAAGAUCAUAUAUAGUAGUUAAAAUGUAGUUUUCGUAAUUAAAUUUGUAGCUAAUAUAUAUACUGUAAAAGGAAAAGUACAACAUAGAAACGUAAUAUAUUCUGUUACUUAUAGUUUUCCAAUGUAAUGGGAGGAUAUUUAUGAUGUGAUAUAAUAUUUUCGAACAAGUAUUUGUUA